UGUCUUCGGCUUUCACCUGCUAACACAAACAGUGGCAGAGUCAAUGACAAGCUACCGACCGUUGAUGUGUCCGAAACGCUGAAAGGAGAUUUUAUCACCUACAAUAGAGAAAGGAUCACAUCAUGGCCAGGUAGCAAGCUGCUGAGAGCCAUGGCAUUUUUUAGACAGCUUCUCCUCCUGCUCUGGAAGAACAUCACGUAUCGCAGGAGGAACAAGAUCCAGCUGAUCAUUGAGCUCCUGUGGCCCCUCUUCCUCUUCGUCAUCCUCAUUGCCGUUCGUCAUUCACACCCUCCUUACAAACAGAGCCAAUGUCAUUUUCCAAACAAAGCCUUGCCAUCAGCAGGCACCUUGCCCUGGAUUCAGGGCAUUAUCUGCAACAUCAACAACCCCUGCUUCCCCAGCCCCACACCAGGGGAGACACCGGGACAAGUUGGCAACUUUGACAACUCCAUACUGUCUCGUUUCUUCGUGGACGCCCAGACUGUCCUGUCCUACAGUGGAAACCGGAGCUUCUCUGGCUUUCAGGACCUGAUGGAGAGUGUCCGGAAGCUGGGAGAGAGACGUGGACCCUGGCCAACUGAAAGAAUAGAAGAUUACCUACGAGCCAAUGAGACAUUUUCCAGCUUCCUCCUGACCAACAGCAGCCUGUCGCCUGAGACUGUGGACCAGCUGAUGAAGGCUCGUCUUAACCUUCAGGUUGCUGUGGCUGGAGCUGAGAUGCAGCUGAAGGACUUGGUGUGUAAUGUGAGCAUGUUAGGACAGUUUCUAACGGUGGAUGGAGGAGAAGCCGUCAUGAAUGAUCUCCAGACUCAGCUGUGCGACCUGCCCACUGACGUCCUGCGAGAGGCCGAGCGCCUUUUUCUCUCUCAGCUCGACUUCACCAAAAGAGAACGUCUGAUGGCAAAUGCUGAAGAUCUCAGGGUCAUCAGUCAGGCCGUCACCUCAGUUUCCCAGGAGCUGGCUGUCCUCAUAGAUGAUUUUUCCUCCCUCUCCAGCUUUGCAGAGAUGACCGCAGCUCUUCGUCUUCUGUCCCCAGAGAAUCGCACAGCGCUGCCCAGAGAGAGCUUCCGAGCUUUUUCGAGGAUCAUGUGCGGUCACCCUGAGGUUGGCGGCGAACGCAUCCCAUCACUCAACUGGUAUGAAGACAAUGACAUCAAGUCCUUCUUAGGCAAAAACGGCACUGAGGACACCGACCUGGACCGUCACAACAACACCACUCCAUUUUGUAAAAGUUUGAUCCAGGGUCUGGAGUCCAACCCUCUGUCUCGCAUCGUGUGGCGAGGAAUCAAACCUCUCUUUAUAGGAAAACUGCUGUACACGCCAGACACUCCUGCAGUAAAACGAGUCAUGAAAGAGUUGAACAAAACAUUUGAGGACCUGCAAAUCCUCCAGGAACUGAAUGAAGCCUGGUUGGAGGUGGGACCCCGUAUUAAGAACUAUAUGGAGACCAGCAUGGAGAUUCAGCUGCUGCAGGAUUUGUUGAGGCGGCCAGAGGUCGCUGUGCUGGUCAACCUGCGUCUGGAGAAGACAUCCUGGACGGCCUCGCGGAUCGCUCGUUUCCUGUCCACACCCUCACCACAGGCCCCUAGAAAUCCUGAAGCGCCACCUACCUGGCUGGAUCUCUACAACGACAUCAGCCACACCAUCACCACUCUCGCACAAGUCACUGAGUGUUUCUCUCUUAACAAACUGGAGGGGUUGGAGACUGAGGGUCAGUUGAUUGAGAGAGCGUUGGAGCUGCUGGAGGACAGGCAGCUUUGGGCAGGUGUGGUUUUCCUGCUGCCCAACUCCUCAUCUCCUGAGCUUCCACCCCAUGUCACCUACAAGAUCCGAAUGGACAUCGAUGAUGUGACUCGGACAAACAAGAUCAAGGACAGGUUUUGGGAUCCUGGACCAGCAGCUGACCCAUUUAAUGACAUGCGCUACAUUUGGGGCGGCUUUGUAUACAUCCAGGACCUGGUGGAGAGAGCUGUGAGCCGAGUCCUGACUGGAGUUCAACAGAACACAGGCAUUUACAUCCAGCAGAUGCCAUACCCCUGCUACGUGGACGAUGUUUUCCUACGAGUGCUAAACCGCUCCCUGCCACUCUUCAUGACUCUGGCCUGGAUCUACUCAGUUGCCAUGAUCAUUAAAGGUGUGGUGUACGAGAAGGAGGCAAGGCUGAAGGAGACCAUGAGGAUUAUGGGUCUGGGAACAGGAACGCUAUGGCUCAGCUGGUUCAUCAGCAGUGUUGUUCCUUUCCUGGUCUCUGCAGCUCUUCUUAUUGCUCUGCUCAAGUGGGGGGACAUCUUGCCAUACAGCAACCCCUCUGUUGUCCUUUUCUUCCUCCUCGCGUUUGCCACCGCCACCAUCAUGCAGUGUUUCCUCAUCAGCACCUUCUUUUCCAAAGCUAACCUUGCCGCUGCCUGUGGGGGGCUCAUAUACUUUAGCCUCUACCUGCCCUAUGUACUCUGUGUCGCCUGGAGAGACCACCUCAACACCACACACAGAGUCCUUGCUAGUUUUCUCUCUCCUGUGGCAUUUGGGUUUGGCUGUGAAUACUUCUCUCAAUACGAGGAGCAAGGUGUGGGCAUCCAGUGGUACAACCUGCGCUCCAGCCCUGUGGAAGGAGACUCCUACAGCUUCACUAUCUCUAUAACCAUGCUUUACGUGGACGCCUUCAUCUACGCUGUUGCAGCCUGGUACAUCGAAGCAGUGUUCCCUGGUGAAUAUGGGAUCCCCAGGCCUUGGUAUUUUAUCUUCCAGCUCAACUACUGGGGUGGAGUUCCCCUGGAGGCAGGCAUGCCGAUCCCCCCGGCACCUACAGAGCAGGAUGAAGAUCAAAUUGAGUCAGAACCCAGUAACCUGAUCCUGGGCGUGAGCAUCAGAAACCUGGUGAAAAUCUACAAGAAGGGAGCCAAACUGGCCGUCAACCACCUCAACCUGAAGUUCUACGAGGGGCAGAUCACCUCCUUCCUCGGCCACAAUGGAGCCGGCAAGACCACCACCAUAUCUGUCCUGACGGGCCUGUUCCCACCCACCUCUGGGACUGUGUACAUCAAGGGGAUGGACAUUCGCCACGACAUGGACAUCAUCCGAAGGACGCUGGGAGUUUGUCCGCAACACAAUGUCCUGUUUGACAUACUGACAGUGGAGGAGCAUGUGUGGUUUUAUGGGUGUCUGAAGGGUUUGUCUGAAGAGGAGGUGAAAGCAGAGCUGGACACUCUGCUGGACGAUGUCGGUCUGCUUCACAAACGACAUGAACAGACCAAAAACCUCUCUGGUGGCAUGCAGAGGAAGCUGUCUGUGGCUAUCGCAUUUGUUGGAGGAUCUAAGGUGGUUGUUCUGGAUGAGCCUACAGCUGGAGUUGAUCCUUACUCCCGCAGAGGGAUCUGGGAUCUGCUGCUCAAAUACCGCAAAGAUCGGACUAUCAUCUUGUCCACUCACUACAUGGACGAGGCAGAGCUGUUAGGUGACCGGAUUGCCAUCAUCUCCCAGGGGAAGCUCUGCUGCUGCGGCUCACCACUCUUCCUGAAAUCCAAGCUGGGAUCUGGUUAUUACCUCACUGUGGUGAAGAGGGAGGGGCUGGACACCAGCACACCCAGCAGUACCAGUAUCUGCACCAGCACCAGCAUCAGCACCAAUAAGCUGCCUCCUCUCAAGGACAGUGAGUCAUCCAUGAGUGAGGACACCGGGCUGGGAAGUGAGGAGAGCAGCUCAUACCUGGCGGCGUUGCUCUCCCUGGCACAGCACCACAUCCCUGGUGCAAGGCUGGUGGAGGACUCAGGGCGCGAAGCGGUGAUCAACCUGCCGCAGGUAGCCGCUAAGGACAGCAGCCUGGCCGUCUUUCUGUCUGAAGUGGAUCAGAGGCUGCCUGAACUGGGCAUCAGCAGCUACGGCCUAUCAGACAGCACGCUGGAGGAGAUCUUUCUGCGAGUAGCAGAGGAAACUGGCGUGGAUGCUGAAUCUGAGCUGCAGGCUGAAUCUCCCCUCAACCAGCAGCCAUCAGCAGGACAGAGAGCAGAGAGUCAGCAUACUGAGGAACCAGAGACAGGAAGGAAAAGGCUUCGUAAGCAAGAACCUCAGGAGACAGAUCUGCUGAGUGGAGAUGGCCGAGGUGGGAUCCCCCUGACCGGCUGGUGGCUGACGUGGCAGCAGCUGAGGGCUCUUUUCGUUAAACGCUGGCUCUACGCUCGGAGGAGCCGCAGGGGCUUCUUUGCUCAGAUUGUUCUGCCUGCUGUGUUCGUCCUGGUUGCCCUUCUCUUCAGCCUCAUUGUACCUCCGUUUGGGAAGUACCCGGCCCUGCAGCUGCAGCCCUGGAUGUACGGAGAACAGUACACCUUCUUCAGUAAUGACGCCCCUGGGAACCCAGCCAUGGAGAACUUACUGGAAGCUCUGCUGGACCAGCCAGGUUUUGGUACCAAGUGCAUGGAGACAGAUGGAGAAGACAACAGCACGAACCCUCAGUGUGAAGGUGAGCGGGGUGGCCUUCUCAUGCGGCCACAGGUUUCCUACUCCACCUGGCAGAUGUUCAGCAGAGGCAACUGGAGCAGAGACAGACCAUCUCCUGAAUGUCAGUGUAGCACAGAGGACGUCCGCCGGAUGCUCCCCGACUGCCCACAGGGUGCUGGUGGACUGCCACCUCCGCAGAUUAAGAGGCUGACUGGAGACAUCCUCCAAAAUCUGACAAGUUAUAACAUUUCUGAUUACUUGGUGAAAACCUAUUCCCAGAUCCUCAAGAAAAGCCUGAAAACCAAGAAGUGGGUGAAUGAAUUCAGAUAUGGAGGCUUCUCCCUCGGGGGCAGCGCCACUCAGACUUUAUCUCGGGACCAUCACGUCCAAGACUCGAUCAUGGCAAUCAGGACUCGUUACAGAGUUCCACAGAACAGUUCACUGAAUCACCUUCUUAACCGACUGCCAGAUUUUCUUGGAGGACUAAACAGUCAAAACAAUGUCAAGGUGUGGUACAAUAACAAAGGCUGGCACGCCAUGGUGUCAUUUGUUAACGUGAUGAACAAUGGUCUGCUGCGAGCGAGCCUACCACCAGGUCCAGAGAGGAGGAAACACGGGAUCACUGUCUACAACCACCCACUCAACCUCACCAAGGAACAACUCACCAGAAAUGGCCAUGUGAGUUCUUCACUGAUGACCACAUCAGUUGAUGUUCUCGUUUCCAUCUGCGUGAUCUUUGCCAUGUCCUUCGUGCCGGCCAGCUUCGUCCUAUUUCUGAUCGAGGAGCGAGUCAGUAAAGCCAAACACCUUCAGUUUGUCAGCGGGGUCAAACCAAUCCUCUACUGGCUCGCCAACUUCACCUGGGACAUGUUGAACUACACCGUCCCAGCCACAAUGGUGGUGCUGAUCUUCAUCAGUUUCCAGCAGCAGUCGUACGUUUCAGAGACAAACCUGCCUGCUCUCGUCAUGCUGCUCCUCCUCUAUGGGUGGUCGAUAACCCCUCUCAUGUACCCAGCGUCCUUUGUGUUCACCGUCCCAAGCACAGCUUAUGUGGUUCUGACUUCUAUCAACCUCUUCAUUGGAAUAAACGGCAGCAUCGCCACCUUCGUCCUGGAGCUGUUUGUAGACGAGCAUCUGAACGAGGUGAACCGGAUCCUGAAGAAGGUCUUCCUCAUCUUCCCUCAUUUCUGUCUGGGACGAGGACUCAUUGACAUGGCCAAAAAUCAGGCCAUGGCUGACGCCUUUCAGAGACUGGGCACCAAACAGACUCUGGAUCCUCUCCAGUGGGAUUUUGUUGGGAAGAACUUGUUUGCGAUGGCAGCUGAGGGCGUUGUCUUCUUCAUCUUCACCAUACUGCUGCAGUACAAGUUUUUCAUUCACUUCAGGCCAUGGUGGGCUGAGCCUGAGAUCCCUUCUCUCGGUCCAGAGGACGAGGACGUUGCCAGGGAGAGAGAGAGGGUCAAAAGUGGCAAAGCCCAGUCAGACAUCCUCACCAUGAUAGACCUGAGCAAGAUUUAUAAAGCAGGCAGGAAGCCAGCGGUGGAUCGUCUCUGCCUGGGGAUCCCACGUGGUGAGUGUUUCGGCCUGCUGGGAGUGAACGGAGCAGGAAAGACCUCUACAUUUCGCAUGCUGACUGGAGACACUCCCAUCACAUAUGGAGAGGCUUUCCUGAACCACUACAGUGUGCUGACAGAGAUGGAGCGAGUCCACCAGCUGAUGGGUUACUGUCCACAGUUUGACGCCAUCAGCGACCUGCUGACAGGUCGGGAACACCUGGAGCUGUACGCCCGUCUGCGGGGGGUUCAAGAAGACUCUGUCGCCAAGGUGGCGCAGUGGGGGGUGAAGAAACUGGGCCUGACACAGUACGCUGAGCGGGAGGCCGGAGGCUACAGCGGGGGCAACAAGAGGAAACUCUCCACUGCUAUCUCUCUCAUCGGGGCGCCGCCUGUUAUAUUCCUGGAUGAGCCCACCACUGGUAUGGAUCCAAAAGCCAAAAGAUUUUUGUGGAACUGCAUCCUCAGUGUCACCAAAGAGGGAAGAGCUGUAGUUCUCACCUCCCACAGUAUGGAGGAGUGUGAGGCUCUCUGCACCAGGAUGGCCAUCAUGGUCAAUGGCAGGUUCCAGUGUCUGGGAUCUGUGCAACACCUGAAGAACAGGUUUGGCGACGGCUACACCAUCAUCCUGCGUCUGGCGGACACUAACCCGGACUCCUGUCCCAUCAGCAGCUACAUGACGAAUGCUUUUCCCAGCAUCGAGCUGAAGGAGCGUCACCAGAAUGUGCUGCAGUACCAGCUGCCCUCACACUCCUGCUGCCUGGCUCGUGUCUUCGACGCGUUGGCCAACAAUCAUGAGGAGCUGGGCAUCAUCGACUUCUCUGUUUCACAGACCACCCUGGACCAGGUGUUUGUCAACUUUGCCAAAGAGCAGACUGAUGAUGACUGCCUCACAGGCGUGGUCGUCAGCAACGGGUCAGUACAGCCCACCAGGAUUAACCCUCCCGCCAUGCAACGACACCCACCAGUCACACCCCCCCAGCAAAGCAAGGCUCCACAGCAGCAUGCAAAAUCACCCGACAGCAAACCCAAAGAGGGCAAAUCAAAAAAGGCUAAAUCCAACAAGGGCAAAUCUAAAGAAGGCAAAGCUAACGGAGAAAAAAGCAGCAGUACGGCAAUGACCAGAUUACCUCAGUCAGAGGAGAAGGACCAGGAGACGCCUCGGACGAGCCGGAGGGGCAGCAGCGGAUCAGACAGCAGCAGCGGUGGAGUUCAGGGAGAAUCCAGUAAAUCCAGUAGGUCCAAACACAGAGGAGAGAGCUCCAGUAAAAGUCCCUCUGCACUUUUUAUAGUCGGCAGCAACACACAGGACAGCACACUGUGAAGUUACAUGAGCAGAAAACGAAGGUUGAAAGGACCAACUACAGACAAAAAACUGUUAAUACUUGUAUGUUCAUUUGAAUGUUGCUCGGUGUUGGCAGCAAUCAACAAUAUGCAGCAUAGGACACCUGGGCUCACCUGGAGUCUGUCAGUAAGAAGUGAACAGUAGAAAAGAUGGAGUUUGAAAGUUUUCCUGUCAGUGAAACUGACUCUGUUCAGCUAAAUUUACCCCCUUGGCCUCCUCUGAAGAAAGAACCAAAAGUUGUUGUUUCCUAAUAAUGGCUUUGGUGCCUUGUUCACCCAUUAACAUAUCUGUAGCUUUAUACCCUUUAUUUGGGUUCAUAAAUCCAACACUGUGUCUUCUCAUUAGUCCAAAGUUCUAGUUUAUUUUUCCUGAAAGAGUAUUAUUCAAGGCUCAGUGUAAAAACAAUGGGUGGCGUUCCUCAGGGCUCGAUUAUUAGACCUCUCACAAUCUCAUCCUUAUGUUACAGAAAGCACUUUAAAGAAAAUGCUGCAGACACUCAAAUAGUAGCUGGAAACAAAUAUGUUUCAUUUAAUUAUUAAGAUGAUUUUAUAUGCCAGGAAGCAUUUACAUGGUUGUAAACGCUUUCUGAACAACAUACAAUGAACCUUAAAAAUAUUAUUGUUUUGUAAAUCAAGAUUUUUUUUCCAAUUUCUACCAAAAUUUUUAAUUUUCUUUUCUUUUUAUUUUAUGUGAUUUGUCAUUGAUAACAGUGUCACUGUCCAAAUGAAGGGUAGUAUAAUUAUGGUCAGGAGAAAAAAAGCUUUCUCUGUAUUUCUAUCUGGUAUUUACUGCUGUUUUGUGUGGUUGGUUAAUAAUGAAGUAAUGUUUCCUUUUUUCUUCUUUUCGUAUAUCACAUGGAGAGGAAUCAGACAUCCAAAACUCAUUUUAUCAAAAUAUUUCCAAACUAUAAAAUUAUUGAAAAUCCAAAUCCAGUCAAAAUAAAAAAUAAAAAAUCAAUCGAGAUCAAACAAUCACAGAGUUAACAGAGCUGUAAACACCAGACGCAACAACAAUGCCUUUGGUUAUUUUUUAAUUAAUUCAUCCAUUCAUUCAGUUUCUUAUAAUAAACCCUUUAUUUAUUUAUUUAUUUUCUAUCUAAAAUGAUAUGGCUGACUGAAUGUUUAAAGCAGGUUGUUACUGCACUGUAAUGCGCUGUUACAUAUUUAGAGGAUUGUUACAAUAGUAACUACAGUUAUAGGCAUGAGACAAACAUUAUCAGAGGGGUUUUUCAUCCCAAAAUGCAAACUGUUAUAUGUUUUUUAAAAAAAAGUUAAAUGUAUUGAAAAGGCUGGAAUUAUGCAAAACCUAAGCUGGAUUUAAAUGAUGUUUGUCUCAUUUUGGAAUGAAAGUCUGUUUUACCAAAUGUACUUUGAGGGUAUUAAGCUUGAAGAGCUCUACUUGAACAUUAAUUUAUCUGAGCAUCUACUAUAAGAUGUAUAUUAUAUACUGAACAUAUACUACUGUAGGAAAAACAACGGGUAUGUGUCUGUUGUGAAUGUUUUGUCAUGAGGGAAAAUAAAAAUAUAUUGUUUCCUGUAUCAGUUUUUAAAA